UCCGGGGUGCCCAGGCACUUUUACAAGCCCAUGCUGAGGAGGGGGGUCAGUAAAUGGGCGGCCCAGGCAGCCGUGUUCCUGCUCUCCGCCUUCUUCCACGAGUACCUGGUGAGCGUCCCCCUGAGGAUGUUCCGGCUCUGGGCCUUCAUGGGCAUGGCAGCACAGAUCCCGCUGGCGUGGUUGGUGUCGCGGUUCCUGCGGGGCCAUUACGGCAACGCGGCCGUGUGGAUGUCGCUGAUCCUGGGCCAGCCCAUGGCCGUGCUCAUGUACGUGCACGAUUACUACGUGCUCAACUGCGACGGCGGCCCCUGAGCGCCCCGAAACACACACGGACCCC